GCAGCGGCGAGGGAACUGCGACUGUUUUCUCUCAGGCUGGGAACUCCUUAGUACACACAGAAGAUCCGGGAGCUUUACGAGCAAGCCCGCUGUUGGUCGUCACUGGCAAAGACAGGCGUAAUUCUGCGCAAAAAAGUUUUCUUUUCUUUCAUCCAGCCUGUCUCCACUUUUCAGGAAAUAACACUGUACUCGAAGGGACCAAACGAAAAAAGGGACGUUUGCAGUUAAGAUGGCGACGGUGAACGACUCGCGGCUGCAGCCCUCGCAGAAGGAUGCAGCCGACCAGAACUUCGACUACAUGUUCAAGCUGCUGAUCAUCGGCAACAGCAGCGUGGGCAAGACCAGCUUCCUGUUCCGCUACGCCGACGACUCCUUCACCUCCGCCUUCGUCAGCACCGUCGGCAUCGACUUCAAGGUCAAGACCGUCUUCCGCAACAACAAGAGGAUCAAGCUGCAGAUAUGGGACACAGCAGGACAGGAGCGGUAUCGCACCAUCACCACAGCCUACUACAGAGGAGCCAUGGGCUUCCUGCUCAUGUAUGACAUUACCAGCCAGGAGUCCUUCAACGCCGUACAAGACUGGGCGACCCAGAUUAAGACGUACUCGUGGGACAACGCCCAGGUGAUCCUGGUGGGGAAUAAGUGUGACCUGGAGGAUGACCGCCUCAUCCCCACAGAGGACAGCCAGCGGCUGGCGGAUGAGCUGGGAUUCCAGUUCUUCGAGGCCAGUGCCAAGGACAACAUCAACGUGAAGCAGGUGUUUGAGAGGCUGGUGGACGUGAUCUGUGACAAGAUGAACGAGAGCAUGGAGAGCGAGCGAGGGCAGUCCAAUAGCUACACUGACACCAGCCUGCAGGAGUCCAACUCUGAGAGCCACAGAGGAGGCUGUGGCUGCUGAACUGUACGGCCAAGCCCAACACUACCCACCCCAACCUAACUACCCAACCUACCAACCCAACUACCCAACCUACCAAUCCAACCCCAAACAACGACCAAAUUUAUACCCAACCCAACAGGCUGAUAUCAAUAUGCACAAAACACAUACAAACAUAAAAUGCUAAAAUACUGUAUAUCCUAUACCGGUAUAUAAUUCCUGGUAGAUCUCCUUUGAACAAUGCUCCCUUACAAAUAAUAACAGACAAACCAACACACAUGGCGUUAACUAAUUUCGUAGCCGAGUGAAAAUGAAGGAAGAAUGUCCAUGCGAGCGUGCACACACACACACACACACACACACACAUACACACACACACACACACACACACACACACACACACACACACCAUUUAUCACUGUUUCUUAACUUGGCCUGUCCAGAAACACAUUGAUAAUCGAUAACCUGGAAACACACCCAUGCGUUCCACAUGUGCCCCUCCACCACAAUGACCACCAUGAUGACCACAGCCCUUCUUCAGUUGCGCGCCCAAACGCUUACUCAGCUAACUGGCUAACUUACUGGGCUAACUGGAGUACAGUCUGAGGAAAGCCAUGCACCAUUUCCCCAUGCUGUCACACAAAACAAAAACGAACUGUGGGUCAUGUGCCUAGAACUACCUGGUAUACGUCUCAGCUCACGUACAAACAUGUUGGAUGUCAUGUACUGUAUAUGAUGAUGGUAUCGGUCUCCUCUUUUAAUGCAUCUUUCUUUUCUAUCGCCCCCAUCCCACCCCCCAAAAUCAUUAUAGCCUGUGGCAUAUUUCUACCUGAUUUAAUGGUGAAUAAGUCUAUACAACACUGCCCAACUUCGGGCCCUUUUCUGAUUUCCUGGUCUGUGCCUUAAUGAAAUAUUCAGCCGGUCUCUACGCGUUUGUUCUCUGUCACAGUCGAUACAGUAUGAUGGAAGAAAAUGAGAAUGUAAGUGUGGAAGAAUAGUGAUAUAAUACGUAUGACGUAAUAGUCUCUUCAUUCUUUUUUCCAAUGAGUGGGCACUGGCAUGAUGGUGCUGGUUGAGAGUCUUCUGAUAUCGUUUACCCCCUUUUCCCUAUCUGUCCCAGCCAUGUCAUCUUAACUUCUCUCUGACUCUCUGACUCUGACACACACACACACACACACACACACACACACACACACACACACACACCCUUUUCCUUUCAGCUGCACCUCGUCCAAUUAAACAAUCCUCACUCACACAGGGCCAUCUCCUGCUCGUGCUUGGUCUGCACAUACAGUAUGUGUCGUGUCAUACCACAACUUUGGUUUCUGUUUAUGUGGAUUUAAGAUUUUUAAUGGACAUGGUAGCUUCUCAUUGCAGUGUUGUGCUGUGCCAAGAAACCUGCAUUUGUUGAACAUGUGUGAUUGUAGUUGAACAUGUGUGAUUGUAGGGUCUCUCAGUUGCAUUCAUCAUCUUCAACGUGUUGACAGGUUUGCAGACAGAUCCAAUGUGUUGGAAUUGUGCAUUACACAUACAGUAUAAGUUCUAUUUGUCUGACUUUUUUUCACAGCACGCUUCUCACAUGCUUAAACAACGCUCUCACUCUGACUUUGACGGCUGUACGUUAUAACAACUUUUCUAAACAGUGGAGCAGUGGAGGUGUUCCGAAAUGUUGUUUAGAUUUUUUUAAUUGCCUUUUGUCUGAACUCCUGUCUGUUUCCUAGACCAAAAUAUUACCAGACUUGUAUUUGGGGACACUCACUAGAGAAUACUAAUGUUUCUGGGUUGUUACUGGGUCACUGACCUUGCUAUUCCAGUGGCACCAAUUGGCACAAUGCAAAUGUAACACUACAACAUUCACUUUGUAUCUUGUUUCCCUGCCCCAGGAAGUGGGGGAAACUCUGCUGUCUUGCCCUCUCUCUGUGUGGUGCCAAAGAUAUGUCGCUUAUGUGACGAAAUCAUACAGAUUGUUUCCUACUGCCAGAUUGAAUAAGGCACGGAUAAUGUAUGCAGUAUGCAGUUGGAGGGGGGGCUGCUGUAUCUACGUAUGUCGAGCACAAACAGUUUUUAUUGUAGUAACUAGUUCAACAUUUUUAGAAAGACACUGAAACAUAAUCAGACACUGGAUCUUGUGUAGUGUUACUGUAGUUUAGGUGUAAAGAGGAGGAGAAGUUGAAGGAUAUUUGUAUAUUUUUCUUUCCUUCACCCUAAAGCCACUGUCCGGACUCAAAGCAAGAGGCAACAGCAUUGGGUCAUUUAUAAAUCUAUCUGUAAUAAAUCUAUUUGAAUUACUUGAAAACCAAGUAUUCCAAUCCACACAUUUAUCUGGGUUUUCACUUAAGAUUCUAUAAGAGAAUACUAUAGAAUCUUUGGUUGUUACACUAUGCUAGAUCUUAGUCUUGUAUGGUAUGCCACACACACACCCAAAGUGGCACAAAAUGUACUGUUCAUCUCUGUGUGGGAGAUUGUGUUGAAGUUGGAUAACCAUGCUUUUGAAAAAUGUGCAGGAAAAAAAAAAAAUCUUGCUUACUGAAAUGUAUUGACAUGUUUGUUUACAAAAAUAAAGGUUACAGUUAUUGCAA